UACACAUCUCUUCAGUUUACAAAGAGCCAGAUACUUCAGAGUGUCCCGUCUCAGCCCUGAGCCUCAGGAAACUUUUGGCACCAUGUCCGGUGUGCAUUAUAAAUUUUCCUCCCAACUCAACUAUGGGACCGUUAUCUUUGAAGGACCCCACAUCUCCGUGUGUGAUUUGAAGAAGCAAAUCAUGAAGAAAGAGAAACUCAAGGCUCCUAACUGCGAGCUACACAUCAGCAAUGCAGACACAAAAGAAGAGUACACGGAUGACAAUGCCCCGAUUCACAGGAAUUUCUCCGUUAUCGUAAGAAGAGUUCCUGCUGGAGGUAUUGUAGCUACGAGCAGGACACAUGUUUUAGAUCUAACUAAACGAGUGAGUAGAACCUCAAAAGCAAACCUAUCUCAUGACCUGAGAAGACAGUUUGAUAUGCCUAGUGGCGUUCCACGGGAGGCGAAAAAGGAAACUCAAAGGAAGACUGACUCUUCUGCAUCCGCUUCUGUGGCCCAGUUGAUCAAGUUUGCAAAUCUGACUGAAGCCGAUGCUUCUGAAGAAGACAAAGUUCAAGCGAUGAUGAUCCAGUCCGUCCACGAAUACGAUCCGAUCCAUUACACGAAGACACCUCCGGGGCCACCUCCACCAUCUUAUACCUGUUUCCGGUGUGGGAAACCUGGCCAUUACAUAAAGAAUUGCCCAACCAAAGGGGAUAAAGACUUUGAUCCGGUUCCCAGAAUGAAAAAGAGCACUGGAAUUCCUAGAAGUUUUAUGAUGGAGGUGAAAGAUCCGAACAUGAAAGGUGCCAUGCUUACCGAUACUGGAAAAUAUGUCAUCCCAACCAUAGAUGCAGAGGCAUAUGCCAGGGGGAAGAAAGAAAAACCACCUUUCCUACCAGCGGAAGAGUCGUCUUCGUCAGAAGUGGAGGACCCUAUCCCAGAUGAAUUGCUAUGUCUAAUCUGCAAAGCCAUAAUGACUGAUGCCGCUGUCAUACCUUGCUGUGGAAACAGUUAUUGUGACGAAUGUAUAAGAACAGCUUUGCUAGAAUCGGAUGGCCAUACAUGCCCAACUUGUCAUCAGAAUGAUGUGUCUCCUGAUGCUUUAAUUGCCAACAAAUGUUUGCGCCGGGCUAUUGAUAACUUCCAAAACAAAACCGGUUAUACCAAAGGGCUUCAAAAGCAAAUAUGCCCACCCCCACCUCCAAGGCCACCGAUUCAGCGGAACCUACUGCCACUGACCAGACCUCCACUUUCAAGACAGCAGGACCCUUUGAAGAUCCCAGUGACAUCUGCAUCUACUCAUGCUGCUACUGCUUCUGGAUCAUCAUCCAUGAGUCCUAAUAAAUCCUCUGCUGCACCUAUAAAGAAACCUUCUACUCCGGCACCAGUUGCCGAUGGAACUGCCACAGUGUCCAUAUCUGUCCAAGCAGAAAAACCAGAUGGGCCUUCCCGUGAUCCUGAUGACAAACUGAGACCUGCUGCAGCUUUGGUAUCAGAUCAUCCUCAAGCUUCUUCAUCAACAGCAAUUAGUGCACUAAGGGAAGAAAAGGGCUCUCGGGGACCUCUGCUUGGAACGCCUUCUGGGAUCGGGCAGUCCCUUUUGCAUGGACAGUUGAUGCCUACAACGGGUCCAGCAAGAAUAAAUGCUGCUCUUGUUGCUCCUGCUCCUGCUGCUGCUGCUGCUGCUGCUGCUGCUCCUGCUGCUGCUCCUGCUGCUGCUGCUGCUGCUGCUCCUGCUGCUGCUGCUGCUGGUAGACCUGUUUGGGAACCAAGCAUCAAUGGAGGGCAACACCUUGGUGAACAUUCCCAGAGGACUCAUGGCCCAUCACUACCAGGAACACCUGUCCCACCGCCUCCUUUGUAUCCACCACCGCCCCACACACUUCCUCUCCCUCCAGGUGUUCCACCACCUCAGUUCCCUCCUCAAUUUCCACCCGGGCCACCACCACCUGCUGGCUACAGAGUCCCUCCUCCAGGUUUCCCUCCAGCCCCUACAACUUUAUCAGCACCUUGGGUAUCCACAGCAGUACAAACCGCUCCUCCGAAUACCAUCCGGACAAUACAAGCUCUCCCCUUAUCCAGGGAAGAGUUCUACAGAGUGCAAAGAAGACUAAGAGAGGAGGAGAAGAGAAAGUCCAAACGAGAUUUUGCUAAGAAAUUCACGGACUACGAAAAGAUUCCAAAGGAGCGUCGACGCGCCUUUUCAAGAUCUAAAUCGCCACAUAGUGGCUCCUCUCGCUCAAGAAGUUCAUAUACCUAUUCUAAAUCGAGAUGUGGUUCCUCACGUUGCCCUUUCCAUUCUCGAUCCUUUAGUCCUUCACACUGUCCAUACCCCAGAAGAGGCAGAGGCAAAAGUCGAGAUCGGCGUUCAAGAUCCAGGUCUCAUGGUUAUCACCGCGCCAGAUCGAGGUCACCCCCACGUAGGCGAUAUCAUUCACGACCAAGAUCCCCUCCAGUGUUUAGGGGGCAGUCUCCUAACAAACGGAAUAUACCUCAAGGACAAACAGGUCACCGCAGUCCCAACAGAGGUGGCAAUUACCCGGAAAAGCUCUCAGCGAGACAUGGUCACACCAUGAAGGACAUUGCCACGUCAAAAGAGAAGGACCGUGAAAAUCCACCAGGAGAUGGAAAGGGAAGCAAACAGGACAAACACGGGAAGAGGAGACAGGGGGAGGAACAUGAAGGCUUUCCUAACACAGAGUUGCUACAGUGCUCUAAAAAACGAAGGAAGUGUUAA